UUUCAUUUUCACCAGUAUUGUUAGGGAGAGUUUGACACAAAUAUUUCUCUUCCGUUGGUACUGAAGGGAAAACUCCCCUCAGAGCCGUUUUCCGGGUGAAAAUGAGUGUACAGAGUAAUAAGGAUGCCCCAGGAAUCCCUUUGGGAGGAGAUCAACCCAAAAUUGCAGAAUCUCCGGAUGUCUUCCAGCUUCCGACAAAAUGUGUAAAGAGCGCAAUGGAUAUUCAAGCAUGGGAACACUCAGAGGCGUAUCAUGAACUAAUUGGCUUCAUCAAUUCCGUGAGUAUGUCAAUCCAGGGUAAGAAGAUUUCAUCGGAAGUCCCAAAGACGGCGGGUGUAGAUAAAGUUCUCGGGCUCUUUGGGAAGCUGAAUGCCUGGGUGGAGGAGAUACCGCCUGUGGAUCAACCUCAGCGCUUUGGGAAUUCAGCCUACAGAACGUGGCAUCAGAGAAUGCGUGAAAAUGCCGAAGAGAUGCUGCUGGAAAUCCUUCCGGAAGCAAAGAAAGGAGCGAUUGUGGAGCUUCUGGCGUAUUUUGUUGAUUCUUUUGGCAAUUCAACGCGAAUUGACUACGGCACAGGGCAUGAGCUGGCUUUCGUGUUCUUCCUGUGCUGCCUCUUCAAGGUUGGGGUGUUUGAGAGAUCCGACCAAGCAGCUGUGGGGCUUCAGGUGUUCGAUAAAUACCUGACCUUUGUGCGACGCCUGCAGCUGACGUACCGAAUGGAACCAGCUGGAAGUCAUGGAGUGUGGAGCUUAGAUGAUUACCAAUUCAUCCCAUUUAUUUGGGGUAGUGCCCAAUUAGCCCUCAAUAGCCCCAUUGAACCGGCUCAAUUCCUCGAUGAGAACAUCAUUGCACGACAUAAAAAUGACUACAUGUUCAUCUCCUGCAUUGAUUACAUCCAGAAGGUCAAAACGGGACACUUUGCGGAGCACUCCAAUCAACUCUGGAGCAUUUCUGCUGUACAGAGUUGGUCCAAAAUCAACUCGGGGCUCAUCAAGAUGUACCAAAAGGAGGUCUUGGCGAAAUUCCCCGUGAUACAGCACGUUGUCUUUGGCACCCUCAUGGCUUUCAAGCCCGUCAAGCCUGGUACGUUACUCUCGUCUGUCCGGCUGGGAUUUGUGCCACAAUCCGGAGGUGGGAGAACAGCAUUGCCCAAGUUAGAUCCUCCCAAAUAGUUUGUAAAUGAGAAUGAGAGAAUGUUGAAAAUAAAGGAAGAUUAUUAUAGAAAAAA